AUGCGCAUUCGACUGCCUUUUGCCUUCGGAUUCCUCCUAAUACUCCUGGCAGCCAGCUCAGCUGGCCUGCUUCCACACUCGUCUCUUCCCCAAGCUCCAGUCUCAGCACAACCAUAUAUACCGAAGCAAAGCGACAAGGUUUUACACUUCGUCACAUUCUUUGCCCUGACUGCUACCUUCUAUUUCAUCUUUGAUACUGCACGAAAGCGCCUACUCCACCUGACUUUGGUUGUCUGCACGUUGGUACUAGGGAUUGGAAGUGAAGUCGCGCAGGGGCUACUGCCCAACGACAGGGAGUUUGACGCCUGGGAUGUACUGACCAAUGUUGUUGGUUCACUAUGCGCAUUAGGUCUGGCAGCUACAUACCACAAGCGCAAUCUAGAACGAAGACGUCGAGCGAAGUACUCAGCACUUACUGGAGAGGGCAUCGAAGGAGACGAUGAGGAUGUCGAGCUAGGGCAGACCUCUGGUCCUGGUGUAGCUGGCAACGAGGAAGGUCUUGGUCAAGAGACUGGAGUCGUGGAAGUUAGCAGGUCGAAAACAGAAGCAGUAGAAGAGGAAUUAGACAAUUGGGAUGAAAACCAGCCUGAUGAUUGGGAUGACGACGACGAGAACACCACGACCGGCGCAAAGAUGACGCCUGCCACAAGCUCUGCCGAUAGUAGUGAGGAACUGCGGAGGAAAGAGAAGGUAGCUGUGGACUGA